AUGCAUCUGGUGGUGGAGUCCUCUCAGGAGGCUGUGCUGAAGAUGCUGCCCUAUUUUGUGGAGAACGCCGUUCUGACCCAGACCGAGAUAUGCCGCAUGUGAGUUUAGUAGCGUGCUGCUGUGUGGAGUGGGUGGGAAGUUCUGAAACAGUGCCUCAUAGAUAGAUAGAUGGAGUGUGUGAUCUACAAGAAUAGAAAUGCUGUUAGAUUUCCUAAUUUAGCCUAACUUAGUGUGUGGUUCUAAGACAGGUGUUUGAUGAAUAUUUUACACACUAUUUUUCAGUGGCAAUUGACGAGACUAUAACUGACUAAAUAGACCCAGAAAACACGAACUAAACAAAAGUAGUUUUUCAUUUCAGUUGACUAAGACGAGACCAAAUAAUCUCUGUGGCUAAAAUCUGACUAAGUGGACUGGACAAGAGUUUUUGGAGAGAGUGAGAGCUUUUCAGUGAUGACCACAAUUAAUAUUAGCAGCACAGAUGCGCCGCGCAGUUCUGUUCAGUAGUGGGAAGGAUGCAUCACACCCGACAAACACAGCCUACAUCAACUGGUGAGCUGUGGGGAGCAAGCAAUGUGUGUGGGUAGACGGGCUCCGCUCCGAUUUAUACACACCGCACAUGCUUCACUUUAGCUAACCAGACACCACCAGCCUUCUAGUAGCUACACAAGCUGCUUUACGAAAUAAAAAACAGCAUUGAGUUUAAUAGUAAAAAUUGCAGUUUUUCUCUCCCUUGAGUAGGCUAUAGAAAAGUAGUCUGUCUUUGAAUUUGUAGUCUCGAUCAACCAUCCUACUUUUUCCACUGCAUUUCAUAUACAGGUUCUGUAGCCUAGUCUCCACCUUUUCCUCAGAAAAAAACAGUUUGAUUCUAGCUAACGUUAAAAAGACAUGACCCAUGACCCGCUACGUUUAUUUAUUUAUAUUGUGCAUUGGUGGGCUGCAUUUUACAUUCAUAAAGCAUAUCGCGGGCUGUUCAAAAAAUAAUGGCUACUUGCGGACUGGACGGUUAAUCAUUUGUUUAGGCUACGCCUUGUUCAGUCAUGUUGCCUCAUUAGCUAGCUAUAGCUAACAACUUGGGGUGCAUACAACAGGAUGCAACGUUUUGGAACGUUCAGAUAGAAAUAUGCUAUGUAGAACGAACAUGCCUCUUACAUGUUGAAUAAGGAAUAAAGUCUGCUCUAUUCAUGGAAUUUCUAUCUGCAAUGAAUUUUUCAACUGAACGUGGCCCUGGUAGCCUAUAUGCAAACAUUUGGUGGCACAGAAAAAAAGGAAAGAGAGAGCAGACCAUUUAUUGACAAAAUUCCUCUUGCCACUAUGCUAUAUAUGACUGGGUAAAUAACUUUAUUUUGAGCACAGGAGACUUGGGACUCGAUUCGGACUCAAGGUUUAGUGACUCGACUACAUCAUUGGGUGAAACAGUCAUUAGCCCCCGUUCUACUUUUGGACAUCAAUGUGGCUCUGGCGUCUGUGGAACGUUGAUAACAAUGGCAAUGACUUGACGGUGUGAUGGAGGUGUGCAACCCAUACUACUUUGCCAAUAGCCUACUUUGCGGCACCAUCUUGUGAUUGUGCUACUCUCUCUCUCUCUCGCUCUCUCUGCGCUUGUGUGUGUCUGUUUGUUUUGUAUGUAAUGUGCAAUAUCUAUGUAUGCUGAAUUAGGAAUUUACAUGGCCAGAUAAUUCUUAUAUAAUGUAAUAUUAUUCUUAUGUUUGUCAUAUUUCCACUGUUGGGAAGAGAAUAGGAUGUUAUGCAGAAAAAUAUGUUGGUAGGACAAGGCUAUGUAUGUUUGUGCACAUGGAAGAUUUAGCUUUACUAUAUUUUAUUUUUAUUUUUUAUUUCACCUUUAUUUAACCAGGUAGGCCAGUUGAGAACAAGUUCUCAUUUACAACUGCGACCUGGCCAAGAUAAAGCAAAGCAGUGUGAUAAAAACAACAACAACACAGAGUUACAUAUGGGGUAAACAAAACAUAAAGUCAAAAAUACAACAGAAAAUAUAUACAGUGGGGAAAAAAAGUAUUUAGUCAGCCACCAAUUGUGCAAGUUCUCCCACUUAAAAAGAUGAGAGAGGCCUGUAAUUUUCAUCAUAGGUACACGUCAACUAUGACAGACAAAUUGAGAAAAAAAAUCCAGAAAAUCACAUUGUAGGAUUUUUAAUGAAUUUAUUUGCAAAUUAUGGUGGAAAAUAAGUAUUUGGUCACCUACAAACAAGCAAGAUUUCUGGCUCUCACAGACCUGUAACUUCUUCUUUAAGAGGCUCCUCUGUCCUCCACUCGUUACCUGUAUUAAUGGCACCUGUUUGAACUUGUUAUCAGUAUAAAAGACACCUGUCCACAACCUCAAACAGUCACACUCCAAACUCCACUAUGGCCAAGACCAAAGAGCUGUCAAAGGACACCAGACACAAAAUUGUAGACCUGCACCAGGCUGGGAAGACUGAAUCUGCAAUAGGUAAGCAGCUUGGUUUGAAGAAAUCAACUGUGGGAGCAAUUAUUAGGAAAUGGAAGACAUACAAGACCACUGAUAAUCUCCCUCGAUCUGGGGCUCCACGCAAGAUCUCACCCCGUGGGGUCAAAAUGAUCACAAGAAUGGUGAGCAAAAAUCCCAGAACCACACGGGGGUCCUAGUGAAUGACCUUCAGAGAGCUGGGACCAAAGUAACAAAGCCUACCAUCAGUAACACACUACGCCGCCAGGGACUCAAAUCCUGCAGUGCCAGACGUGUCCCCCUGCUUAUGUCCAGGCCCGUCUGAAGUUUGCUAGAGUGCAUUUGGAUGAUCCAGAAGAGGAUUGGGAGAAUGUCAUAUGGUCAGAUGAAACCAAAAUAGAACUUUUUGGUAAAAACUCAACUCGUCGUGUUUGGAGGACAAAGAAUGCUGAGUUGCAUCCAAAGAACACCAUACCUACUGUGAAGCAUGGGGGUGGAAACAUCAUGCUUUAGGGCUGUUUUUCUGCAAAGGGACCAGGACGACUGAUCCGUGUAAAGGAAAGAAUGAAUGGGGCCAUGUAUCGUGAGAUUUUGAGUGAAAACCUCCUUCCAUCAGCAAGGGCAUUGAAGAUGAAACGUGGCUGGGUCUUUCAGCAUGACAAUGAUCCCAAACACACCGCCCGGGCAACGAAGGAGUGGCUUCGUAAGAAGCAUUUCAAGGUCCUGGAGUGGCCUAGCCAGUCCCCAGGUCUCAACCCCAUAGAAAAUCUUUGGAGGGAGUUGAAAGUCCGUGUUGCCCAGCGACAGCCCCAAAACAUCACUGCUCUAGAGGAGAUCUGCAUGGAGGAAUGGGCCAAAAUACCAGCAACAGUGUGUGAAAACCUUGUGAAGACUUACAGAAAAAGUUUGACCUGUGUCAUUGCCAACAAAGGGUAUAUAACAAAGUAUUGAGAAACUUUUGUUAUUGACCAAAUACUUAUUUUCCACCAUAUUUUGCAAAUAAAUUCAUAAAAAAUCCUACAAUGUGAUUUUCUGGAUUUUUUUCCCUCAUUUUGUCUGUCAUAUUUGCCGUGUACCUAUGAUGAAAAUUACAGGCCUCUCUCAUAUUUUUAAGUGGGAGAACAUGCACAAUUGGUGGCUGACUAAAUACUUUUUCCCCCCACUGUAUACAGUGUGUGUGAAUGUAGUAAGUUAUGGAGGUAAGGCAAUAAAUAGGCCAUAGUGCAAAAUAGUUACAAUUUCGUAUUAACACUGGAAUGAUAGAUGUGCAAAAGAUGAUGUGCGAAUAGAGAUAAUGGGGUGCAAAUUAGCAAAAUAAAUAACAAUAUGGGGAUGAGGUAGUUGGGUGGGCUAAUUUCAGAAAGGUUGUGUACAGGUGCAGUGAUCGGUAAGCUGCUCUGACAACUGACGCUUAAAGUUAGUGAGGGAGAUAAGAGUCUCCAGUUUCAGAGAUUUUUGCAGUUCGUUCCAGUCAUUGGCAGCAGAGAACUGGAAGGAAUGGCGGCCAAAGGAGGUGUUGGCUUUGGAGAUGACCAGUGAGAUAUACCUGCUGGAGUGCAGACUACGGGUGGGUGUUGCUAUGGUGACCAGUGAGCUAAGAUAAGAUGGGGAUUUGCCUAGCAGUGAUUUAUAGAUGACCUGGAGCCAGUGGGUUUGGCGACGAAUAUGUAGUGAGGGCCAGCCAACAAGAGCGUACAGGUCACAAUGGUGGGUAGUAUAUGGGGCUUUGGGUGACAAAACGGAUGGCACUGUGAUAGACUACAUCCAAUUUGCUGAGUAGGGUGUUGGAGGCUAUUUUGUAAAUGACAUCGACGAAGUCAAGGAUCGGUAGGAUAGUCAGAUUUACGAGGGCAUGUUUGGCAGCAUGAGUGAAGGAGGCUUUGUUUUGAAAUAGGAAGCCGAUUCUAGAUCUAACUUUUGAUUGGAGAUGCUUAAUGUGAGUCUGGAAGGAGAGUUUACAGUCUAACCAGACACCUAGGUAUUUGUAGUUGUCCACAUACUCUAGGUCAGACCCUCCGAGAGUAGUGAUUCUAGUCGGGUGGGCGGGUGCAAGCAGCGUUCGGUUGAAGUGCAUGCAUUUAGUUUUACUAGUGUUUAAGAGCAGUUGGAGGCUACGGAAGGAGUGUUGUAUGGCGUUGAAGCUCGUUUGGAGGUUUUUUAACACAGUGUCCAAUGAAGGGCCAGAUGUAUACAAAAUGGUGUCGUCCGCAUAGAAGUGGAUCCGAGCGUCACCAGCAGCAAGAGCGACAUCAUUGAUAUACACAGAGAAUAGAGUCGGCCCGAGAAUUGAACCCUGUGGCACGCCCAUAGAGACGGCCAGAGGUCCAGACAACAGGCCCUCCGAUUUGACACAUUGAACUCUAUCUGAGAAGUAGUUGGUGAACCAGGCGAGGCAGUCAUUAGAGAAACCAAGGCUAUUUAGUCUGCCAAUAAGAAUGCGGUGGUUGACAGAGUCGAAAGCCUUGGCCAGGUCGAUGAAGACGGCUGCACAGUACUGUCUUUUAUCGAUCGCGUUUAUAAUAUAGUUUAGGACCUUGAGCGUGGCUGAAUUGCACCCAUGACCAGCUCGGAAACCGGAUUGCAUAGCGGAGAAGGUACGGUGGGAUUCGAAAUGGUCGGUGAUCUGUUUGUUAACUUGGCUUUCAAAUACUUUCGAAAGGCAGGGCAGGAUGGAUAUAGGUCUAUAACAGUUAGGAUCUAGAGUGUCACCCCCUUUGAAGAGGGGGAUGACCGCGGCAGCUUUCCAAUCUCUGGGGAUCUCAGACGUUACGAAAGCGAGGUUGAACAGGCUAGUAAUAGGGGUUGCGACAAUUUCGGUGGCUAAUUUAAAAAAGAAAGGGUCCAGAUUGUCUAGCCCAGCUGAUUUGUAGGGGUCCAGAUUUUUUAGCUCUUUCAGAACAUCAGCUGUCUGAAUUUGUGUGAAGGAGAAGCGGGGGGGGCAUGGGCAAGUUGCAGCGGAGGGUGCAGAGCUGGUGGCCAGGGUAGUGGUAGCCAGGUGGAAAGCAUGGCCAGCCGUAGCAAAAUGCUUGUUGAAAUUCUCGAUUAUUGUAGAUUUAUCGGUGGUGACAGUGUUUCCUAGCCUCAGUGCAGUGGGCAGUUGGGAGGAGGUGCUCUUAUUUUCCAUGGACUUUACAGUGUCCCAAAACUUUUUGGAGUUAGUGCUACAGGAUGCAAAUUUCUGUUUGAAAAAGCUAGCCUUUGCUUUCCUAACUGAUUGUAUAAAUUGGUUCCUGACUUCCCUAAAAAGUUGCAUAUCGCGGGGGCUGUUCGAUGCUAAUGCAGUACGCCACAGGAUGUUUUUGUGCUGGUCAAGGGAAGUCAAGUCUGAGGAGAACCAGGGGCUAGAUCUGUUCUUAGUUCUACAUUUUUUGAAUGGGGCAUGCUUAUUUAAGAUUGAGAGGAAAGCACUUUUAAAGGACAACCAGGCAUCCUCUACUGACGGAAUGAGGUCAAUAUCCAUCCAGGAUACCCGGGCCAGGUCAAUUAGAAAGGCCUGCUCGAUGAAGUGUUUUAGGGAGCGUUUGACAGUGAUGAGGGGUGGUCGUUUGAUCGCAGACCCAUUACGGACGCAGGCAAUAAGGCAGUGAUUGCUGAGAUCCUGGUUGAAGACAGCGGAGGUGUAUUUAGAGGGUACAUUUGUCAGGAUGAUAUCUAUGAGGGUGCCCAUGUUUACAGAUUUAGGGUUGUACCUGGUAGGUUCGUUGAUAAUUUGUGUGAGAUUGAGGGCAUCUAGUUUAGAUUGUAGGUUGGCCGGGGUGUUAAGCAUAUCCCAGUUUAGGUCAUCAAGCAGUACGAACUCUGAGGAUAGAUGGGGGGCAAUCAGUUCACAUAUGGUGUCCAGGGCACAGCUCGGGGCUGAGGGGGGUCUGUAGCAAGCGGCAACAGUGAAAGACUUAUUUCUGGAAAGGUGGAUUUUUAGCAGUAGAAGCUCAAACUGUUUGGGCACAGACUUGGAUAGUACGAUAGAGCUCUGCAGGCUAUCUCUACAGUAGAUUGCAACCCCACCCCCCUUUGGCAGUUCUAUCGAGACUGAAAAUGUUGUAGUUGGGGAUGGACAUUUCUGAAUUUUUGGUGGCCUUCCUAAGCCAGGAUUCAGACACUGCUAGAACAUCAGGGUUGGCGGAGUGUGCUAGCGCAGUGAAUAACUCAAACUUAGGAAGGAGGCUUCGGAUAUUAACGUGCAAGAAACCAAGGCUUUUACGUUUAUAAGUUAAGAAGCCAAUACAAAUGUGAUAUGACUAAAAUGAAAGGGCAUUUAGUUGACUAAAAUGGCCCACUCUUUUCGUCAUUUUGACACUAACUAGACUAAAUCAUUAUUCAAAUGACAAAAAUGUGACUAAAUGUGACACUCAAAAAAAUUGGGGUCCCAAAUUAAUACUGGUCCGAUCAAGUUCAUGCACAUUACAAGCCUGAUACUAAUAGUAGUCAUACAUUGGUGAUUGUAUGAAUUCUGCUCAUUCAGAAUCAAGAACCGGUAUUUCCUGUCCUAGAAGAAUAGGUACUCCAAGAGAUCAUUGAGGCUAUUUGGCAAGUCUCUGUGUUGCUGUCUUUGUUAGCUGUGAUAGCAGAUAUAAUUUUAGCCCUGGUGUUAGUGGAGAGGCUGAUAGCAGGGUGCUGGAGGCUCGGAGACACCAGAGCAGAGGCUAGUUAAUUAGACUGUCUGAGUGUGGUUCAUGGUGGUGGACGUGGGGCUGGUGAUUUACAUGACCGGAGAGAAAGAUUCACGUUCAACACAUCCUCCGGUUUCUCACUGUGGUUUCUCACUGUGGUUUCUCACUGUGUUUUACUCAUGCAGCCUAUUUCAAUUGAUCAUACAGCAGUGUACAGUGCGUUCGGAAAGUAUUCAGACCGUUUACUUUUUCCAUAUUUUGUUAUGUUACAGCCUUAUUCUAAAAUUGAUUAAAUUAAAUGUUUUCCUCAUCAAUCUACACACAAUACCCCAUAAUGACAAAGCGAAAACAGGUUUUUAGACAUUUUGGCAAAUGUAUUAAAAAGAAAAAACAGAAAUACCUUAUUUACAUAAGUAUUCAGACCCUUUUCUAUGGGACUCGAAAUUGUGCUCAGGUCCAUCCUUUCCAUUGAUCAUCCUUGAGAUGUUUCUACAACUUGAUUUGGAGUCCACCUGUGGUAAAUUCAAUUGAUUGGACAUGAUUUGGAAAGGCACACACCUGUCUAUAGCCCACAGUUGACAGUGCUUGUCAGAGCAAAAACCAAGCCAUGAGGUCGAAGGAAUUGUCCGUAGGGCUCCGAGACAGGAUUGUGUCGAGGCACAGAUCUGGGGAAGGGUACCAAAACAUUUCUGCAGCAUUGGAGGUCGCCAAGAACACAGUGGCCUCCAUCAUUCUUAAAUGGAAGAAGUUUGGAACCACCAAGACUCUUCAUAGAGCUGGCUGCCCGCCCAAACGGCGCAAUCGGGGGAGAAGGCCUUGGUCAAGGAGGUGACCAAGAACCUGAUGAUCACUCUGACAGAGCUCCAGAGUUCCUCUGUGGAGAUGGGAGAACCUUCUCCACAGCACUCCAUCAAUCAGGCCUUUAUGGUAGAGUGGACAGUCGUAAGCGACUCUUCAGUAAAAGGCACAUGACAGCCCGCUUGGAGUAUGCCAAAAGGCACCUAAAGGAAACAACAAGAUUCUCUGGUCUGAUGAAACCAAGAUUGAACUCUUUGGCCUGAAUGCCAAGCGUCACGUCUGGAUGAAACCUGGCACCAUCCCUACGGUGAAACAUGGUGGUGGCAGCAUCAUGCUGUGGGGAUGUUUUUCAGCGGCAGGGACUGGGAGACUAGUCAGGAUCGAGGGAAAGAAGAACGGAGCAAAGUACAGAGAUCCUUAAUGAAAAACUGCUACAGAGUGCUCAGGACCUCAGACUGGGGCGAAGGUUCACCUUCCAACAGGACAACGACCCUAAGCACACAGCCAAGACAACACAGGACUGGCUUCGGGACAAGUUUCUGAAUGUCCUUGAGUUGCCCAGCCAGAGCCUGGACUUGAACCCGAUCUAACAUCUCUGGAGAGACCUGAAAAUAGCUGUGCAGCAACGCUCCCCAUCCAACCUGAUAGAGCUGAAGACGAGAAACUCCCAAAAUACAGGUGUGCCAAGCUUGUAGUGUCAUACCCAAGAAGAAUCGAGGCUGUAAUCGAUGCCAAAGGUGCUUGAACAAAGUACUAAGUAAAGGGUCUGAACACUUAUGUAAAUGUGGUAUUUCAGUCAGAUUGUUCUGAAAUAUUUUCUAUAGUUAGAAACGGAUAAGAUUAGCAUUCCUGCAACAUUUUGUUGAAAUAUAAUUUGAUCUCAUAGAAAUUAAGCUAAUUUAUUACAUCCAAAUUGUCAAUUUUAAUUGAUAAAAUUCAUAUAAUAUUCAAUAAAUAUAGUUCCUAACAUCCGAUUUGGAUCUAACUUUUUUCAAACAAUGAGUAAGACAUGAGGAAUCCAAAUAAAUGGCCAAAAGCCACACACGGACCCCACGCUAAUCCCACCCCAAGAACAGAGACUUGCCAAAUAGCCUCAAUGAUCCCUUGGAGUACCUAUUCUUCUAGGACUGGAAAGACAGGCUCUUGAUUCUGGAUGAGGAAUCCAAAGAAAUGGUCAAAAGCCACACACGGACCCCCCGUACCCCACGCAAAUCCCACCCCAAGAACAAGUACACUACCGUUCAAAAGUUUGGGGUCAUUUAGAAAUGUCCUUGUUUUCGAAAGAAAAGCAAUUUUUUUGUCCCUUAAAAUAACAUCAAAUUGAUCAGAAAUACAGUGUAGACAUGGUUAAUGUUGUAAAUGGCUAUUGUAGCUGGAAACGGCUGAUUUUUAAUGGAAUAUCUACAUAGGCAUACAGAGGCCCAUUAUCCGCAACCAUCAGUCCUGUGUUCCAAUGGCACGUUGUGUUUGCUAAUCCAAGUUUAUCAUUUAAAAAGGCUAAUUGAUCAUUAGAAAACCCUUUUGCAAUUAUGUUAGCACAGCUGAAAACUGUUGUGCUGAUUAAAGAAGCAAUAAAACUGGCCUUCUUGAGACUAGUUGAGUAUCUGGAGCAUCAGCAAUUGUGGGUUUGAUUACAGGCUAUAAAUGGCCAGAAACAAAUAACUUUCUUCUGAAACUCUUCAGUCUAUUCUUGUUCUGAGAAAUGAAGGCUAUUCCAUGCGAGAAAUUGCCAAGAAACUGAAGAUCUCGUACAACGCUUUGAACUACUCCCUUCACAGAACAGCACAAACUGGCUCUAACCAGAAUAGAAAGAGGAAUGGGAGGCCCCGGUGCACAACUGAGCAAGAUGACAAAUACAUUAGUGUCUAGUUUGUGAAACAGGCGCUUCACAGGUCCUAAACUGGCAGCUUCAUUAAAUAGUACCCGCAAAACACCAGUCUCAACGUCAACAGUGAAGAGGUGACUCCGGGAUGCUGACCUUGUAGGCAGAGUUGCAAAGAAAAAUACAUAUAUCUCAGACUGGCCAAUAAAAAGAAACUAUUAAGAAGGGCAGUCUGAGAUAUGGCUUUCUCGCAUGGAAUAGCCUUAAUUUCUCAGAACAAGAAUAGACUGAAGAGUUUCAGAAGAAAGUUAUUUGUUUCUGACCAUUUUGAGCCUGUAAUCGAACCCACAAUUGCUGAUGUUCCAGAUACUCAACUAGUCUCAAGAAGGCCAGUUUUAUUGCUUCUUUAAUCAGCACAACAGUUUUCAGCUGUGCUAACAGAAUUGCAAAAUGGUUUUCUAAUGAUCAAUUAGCCUUUUAAAAUGACAAACUUGGAUUAGCAAACACAAUGUGCCAUUGGAACACAGGACUAAUGGUUGCUGAUAAUGGGCCUUUGUACGCCGAUGUAAAAAUCAGCCGUUUCCAACUACAAUAGCCAUUUACAACAUUAACAAUGUCUACACUGUAUUUCUGAUCAAUUUGAUAUUUUAAUGGACAAAAAAUGUGCCUUUCUUUCGAAAACAAGGACAUUUCUAAGUGACCCCAAACUUUUGAACGGUAGUGUAUAUAGUAUCAGUUUUCCAUGUCUGACAAGUAGUAUGGAGCUGCAGCUCGGAGUAUUGUUUCUUCAUCCUAUGUAAUGUAUUCCCAGUGAAUUUUGUGAUUAAUUUUUUUCUCUUCCCCUGUUAGGAUGGGACAUAAACCUAUCAAUGUCAAUGACUAAUUUCUCUGAACAGGGGGAAAAAACAACCCCAAAUUCACUGGUAAUACAUUACAUAGGAUGAAGAAACAAUACUCCGAAACAAUACUCUGAGCCGCAGCUGCUCCAUACUACUUGUCAGAACUGAUACUAUAUACUCGUUGUUGGGGUGGGAUUGGCAUGGGGUGUGGGGGAUUCGUGGGUGGCUUUUGACCAUUUGUUUGGGUUCGUCAUGUCUAACUCAUUGUUUGAUAAAAGUUUGGUCCAAAUCGGUUGUUAGGUACUAUAUUUAUUGAAUAUUAUAUGAAUCCUAUAAAUUAAAAUGGCCGAUAUGGGUGCAAUCAAUUAGAUGAAUUCCUCAGAGAGCAAAUUAUAUUUCAACAAAAUAAUGUUGCAGGAAUGCUAAUGCUAUCUGUUUCUAACAACAGAAACGAUUUCAGAACAAUCUGAGAUGGUGGGUGUCAAAACCCUCUUUCUUGAGGGUGGAAUGACCCAACAGGGAGGAGAGAAACAACAAGCCAAAGUGAAACAAAAGCUCUUGUGAUUAGCGGCCGGCCACUCCUAUGGGCCCGUCACUGGGGAACGCUGUCUCUGUGGUGGGGGUGGGGGGCACAAAGCAGAGCCUGUUUCGGUGUUAUCGAAUGCUUGGGCCAGGCCUCCUCCUCCUCUAGCCUGGAAACAGGAAGUCCAGUCAGGGACAGACAAUUGGGGAGGGGGGUGGUGGAAGGACUCAGGGAUGGUUCUUGACCCUUACUGGGCUGAGAUAUGUGACCCCUGAAUGUUUAGGCUUAACUCCCUUUUAAGCCAGAAUUUUUGCCAUGGGUUGCUCGGAUGACGUUAUUGUCUUACCUGAAAUUUAACAUGCGCCGGCUCUGGUGUUGUCUAGUUUUCCUGUUUGUUUUGUUCCUGUCGCUCUCAUCACACCUGUACUUUCCAAUGACAUGCCUGUUUGCUAGACUGCACAUACAGGGUACAUUGGGUAUGUGUUCCGCCCUGCUGUCAGGUGGAUUUACGAGCCUGGAGAGAGACUCAUUCUGUAAGCACAGUGAAAGGGAAUAAUUGGAGCUAGCAUAGAAAACAGCUUCAGCCCUCACUUUGUCUUUCACCACCACCAUGCCAUAUUAGUUAUGUCACCUGCAGAAUGCACAGGAACCCAACGAGAGGUUGGACAUAAUAGUGUAGACAGGUGAGACUUUUAAAUGGCGUGUGUAGCUCAGAGGAAUGCAUUACAAACUACUGCAGCUAAUUAUUCAGUCUGUUUUGCAUUUGGCCGGGCCAGCAGAGACCUGACGGAUCCCAUCAGGAUGCAGCAGCUUAUGCAGGACAGGGGAAAAGGCCAGAUAAGCUUGAUUCAUAGCUGCUGUAGGUUGAGGCUCCGGCUCCCUCUUAAACUUGGCUUACUCCUGGACUUUUACAAUUGGGUUUAGUGGCUGAAAUACUGGGUGCUUGUCUGGGCCUCCUGACCUGAAGCCCUAUAUUAAACACUUCUCUUAUCUGUCUGGUCCCAGGUACGACUUACCUUCUCUCCCUAUCUUCACUUUCUCUGUAACAUAGGGCUGUAGAAGGUGCAAGGAUUCUGUUAUAGAAUUAGAACAGUUUGACUCACAUAUCACAGUGCUGAACUGUGAGUGACCAUGUGGCUCAGUCUGCCCACAUUGUUGCAUGAUCCAGUUUCUAACGGCUCUCUCCAUCUGUUGUUUUUCUAGCCUGAGUGAGAGUUUCUUCAUGGUGAAGGGUGCCGCCCUCUUCCUGCAGCAGGGCAGCAGUCCUCAGGGCCAUAAAGCACAACCCCACCACAAACAUGCAGGUGAGUACCUACCACACAACCACAGGACAGGACCACAUGAGCUGCCAUUCAAAGUGGCUAAAUGGUCCCAAGACUCAGACUUUUUGACUUCAUUACUCUGUCCAUCUUACAGACAGUGUUGUUGUGGUUGUUUUGUCUGGUACUUUGUUGUGUAGUCUGAUGGGUCUCUACUUUCUACCUGUUCUCCUGGAAAACAUGAGUGCACUUGAGUUGAGGUGUCUGGCUGAUUAUUAGCAUGUUCCAGACGUGUGUAGCUUAGGCAGAUUAGUGGUUAAGUAGGCCUACAAUAGGCUAUGUGGCUGCUGGUAGUGUUCAGUGGCAGGCCUACUUGUGUUCCGUAUCAAUCAAAGCAGGACACUGAGCGUUUGUCUUCUGGCAGUCAUCAAUGUUGUAGUCAUGUAUCCGAGAGUCUGUUCAAAGCUUCAACGUCAUGAAAUCCAUAUGGUAUACCAUAUAUAGGUCCUAGAAUAAAAAGGGUAUAAGAGGUUUUAGUGUUUAGCCAUAAUGUUAAGGAUGAUAUUUCAGGUGUGAUUCUGAGGCAAAGGUUUUAAUUGGUUAAAAACAAGAUCCUGCAGCUGCUAGGGAGAGCUUAGCAUGCACUCUCAAUAUCACAGAGAACCAUGGAUAUGUUUUUCUCCCCUUUACUAACAGUUGUUCAAGUUUUACUCUGAGCCUUUAAUUUCCUAAUUUGAGUCCAAUUCAUUUCUCAUUCCCCAUGUUUAAGUGAAUUCAAUAGGAAUUUGGAAUGGUUUGCGUCACCAAGUGAAUUGACUAAACUUCAGGACAUUCAGGAUUGGCUGCUAGCCCACAUGAAGUGUUUGCGUUGGUAGGGAGUUACUGGAGGAUGCAGUCAUGUGUUUCUUAUAGAGGAAGUACUGCCUGUGGAAAGUUCAUUGGCCAGUUUUAUUUAGGGUCUUUGCUGUGGGACAGAAUGUUUUCAAAUAGGAUAAUCUCUAAAGCUUGGCCUUUGGGCAACGUAUUGGCCUGUAGCCCGCUGCUAGUGAACAUUGUGCCGUAUUGUAGUUAGAAUACUUAGCGGUGCCCUCCGGUUGUGAGCUGACUGAUUUCUGAUCCACACUGUGCAGUCCCUUCUGUCUGAGUAAAUAACCAUUGUUGGCCACAAUCUUGCCUGGCCACAAUAUUUUGUCAAAGCUGUAACAGUGGCGGGAGAUAUCUAAUGAAAACACUGCCUAGUGAAAAACUUGCAGAACUGCCAGCACAUAAAGAAAGAUGCCUGCAUGUCAACUGAAUUUGGCCUCAACCAAACCAAAUACAGAGAUUAGCAUUUGUCUCAGUAGAUUUGUUUCUAGAUCUAACAGUAAGACUGAGCAUCUGAACUUGGCUGAGCUGAGGAGAACUCCAAUAGCCCCUGGCUGUUUUGACCCAGAACAGUUGCAAAGUAAAGUACUAACCUACUAAUACAUGUAAAUUAAUAUAUGUCUGAACGUGUCUUUAAUAUGUGUUUGAACGUACCAUGAAGCAGAGGAGCAGGGGAACAUGCCCAGAGCCAGCAUGGCGCAGACAGCUGUAAUUAAAGCUGCCCAGGAGGAGAGGACAUAGUUUGUUUGCCAGUUGUCGGAACACCUUGACUGACACAUACUUGGCUGCCCCUCUUUACUCAUCAUCACUGCAGUGGUUAGGCUUGUCAUUUAACCCCUUGUUAUCCAGUAGCCCCCUCUUUGGCUCUCUGCGUCCCAAAUGUCUCCCUAAGCCCUAUUUAGUGCACUACUUUUGACCAGGGCCCAUUGGGCUCUGGUUAAAUGUAGUGCACUAUAUAUGGAAUGCGGUGCUAUUUGGUACGUAACCUUUCUCUCACCCCACUUCCUCAGGGGAACUUGCAUCUAGUCUGGCAUGAUCGGCUCAAAACAUUCCAAUAUGACAGAGCAGAAGCGGUUUUUAGGUGUGGUUUUAUGGUUAGCUGAGGCUGAGUUGUGGGUGAUCAAUUUGUAGAUGACAAGCAGGAAAGCGUCUUUGGCUUGUUGCAUGACACUAGCCCAUUGUGCCUGCACUUACUCAAUCACUCAACAAUGGAGUACAUUUAAGAUGUCAUGUGGUAUGAUGAGUGUUCAGUUUCAAAUGUCAAGAUUUGUUUUAUAGGACUAAUCACAUAAAACCAACGUAUCUGAUAAUGACACUGACCGACCAGGUGUUGUCAUGGUUGUUGUUUAGUAUUUAUGUUUUAUGUUCUUCUCUCAACAGGAGACUUACCUCAGCACCUGCAGGUGAUGAUCAACAUUCUUCGCUCGGAGGACCGAAUCAAACUGGUAAGAGACGCACGCACGCACGUGCAGUGACUAACCACCUGGCACCAUGACAUAGGCAACCUGCCUGAAUACUUUUUAUUGUGUACUUAAGACUUGUUUGCAAACUGUAAUUAUUAGCUCAUGAGAACAUGUUUGAGCGCGCACAGGAGAGCAUUACCAAGUGUUUCCAUGGUUUCUGUGAAAUGGAGAGUUAGUUUAUGUUACCUACCACUAUGUUCUCACACUCCAUUGGAAUGAUGCCUCCCAUGUAUUUACAAACUGUUUUUGAAUGAUAGAAAUUGCUUUAGAGGAUUGGAAUGUACGUGUGUGUGUGUAAUGGUUGGACUGUAUGGGUGUUAGGCUCAUUUGCCCAGGGUCAGUCUGUGUGUACCAUCAAUGUUCAGAGUCAAUUUGUAUUACCUUAGCAGAUUGACAUGUUGGGAGAGGUGGAUGGACAUGUAGCAGCCUAGUUGUUUGUGAAAUAAUUGAUGAACCUGUCAUGUCCUCUGGAACAGGCAGUGCGGUUGGAGAGUGCCUGGUCAGACAGAGUGCGCUACAUGGUGGUGGUGUACACCAGCGGACGACAGGACACAGAGGAGAACAUCCUGCUAGGAAUAGACUUCAGCAACAAGGACAGGUGUGUAUGGGUCUGGGCCAGCUCGCGUGUUUGGGCCUCCUCACUUGCUAUGGUCAUCAUUGAUGCAGAUGUUAGACCCUUGAUGUAGCAGUAUCUCCAUUUGAAGUUGUUUUGGAACGUAAAACCAGAUGUUGUGUUGAUCUGCUGGGAACGUGUCUGUGUGUUGUUCCCAGCAAAAGCUGCUCCGUUGGCAUGGUGCUACCUCUGUGGAGUGACACCAAGAUCCAUCUGGAUGGCGAUGGGUGAGUGAGUCCCCCAUAGAGAUACAAGUAUUCUAUAUCUGUGUCCCAUCAGUCAGACAGCAGCCCCCUGCUGGCCAUUCAGGGGAAGAAACAGCUCUUUGGUUAAAACUGUAAUACAUUUACAUUUCAGUAAUUUAGCAGACGCUCUUAUCCAGAGCGACUUACAGUUAGUGAGUGCAUACAUUUUUCAUACUGGCCCCCCGUGGGAAUCGAACCCACAACCCUGGUGUUGCAAGCGCCAUGCUCUACCAACAACCCUGGCGUUGCAAGCGCCAUGCUCUACCAACUGAGCUACAGGAGGCCCUAUAACUUGAAUACCGGUACAGAAAAGGAUACUGAGCUCAGCACACAUAUCAUCUUCUCCUUUCACACAGCCUAAUGUACUAAAAUGACUUUGACCUCCACUUGUGUUUUGAUAGAGCCAGUUAUGUUGUAGUAGUGGUUACUGGGUGUUAAUCAGUGUGUGAUCAGGGGAGAGUCAUCGCCUGUCUUGUCUCCUUCAGGGGUUUCAGUGUGAACACAGUGAGCCGGAAUCAUGUCUUCAAACCUGUGUCUGUACAGGCCAUGUGGUGAGUAGACAACCCUAGGAAUGACUGCUUAAUACAUUGUUGUUAAUGAAGCAAUCCCACAUCAAUGAAUUAGCUGCUGACUUCAUAACAGAACACACUGUUGAGGCAUUUCCAUACUGACUCACUUUGCCACCUAGUGGUGUAGAGAUGCAGGUGCAUGCAACAAUCAAUCAAAUGUAUUUUAGUUGUCACAAAGUGCUUUACAGAUACCCAGCUUAAAUGCAUGCCAUUCAUUCAUGUGAAUCAGCUCAAUACACAUUAAAAGCGUAUAGGUAGAAAACACUUCACCACAUUUCUCCCAGAUUAACAAUGAUGGUUGAUUAAAGAUAAAUUGACCAACUCUGUCUCUUUCUAACCCUUGUCCCAGGUCGGCUCUACAGAUCCUCCACAAGGUGUGUGAGGUGUCCCGCAGGUACAACUACUUCCCCGGGGGCAUGGCCCUUACCUGGAUGGGCUUUUAUGAGGGCUGCAUCGCCUCGGAGCAGAGCUGCAUCAACGAGUGGAACGCCAUGAGAGACCUGGAGACCUUGAGGCCUGACUCCCCCACCAUGUUUGUCGACAAGUGAGUCAACAGAAAUUGCCAAUGAAUAUGAAAUAACUACCUCCUCGUCAAACAUCUCAUUCUAAAAUUAUUGGCAUUAAUAUGGAGUUGGUCCCCCUUUUGCUGCUAUAACAGCCUCCAAUCUUCUGGGAAGGUUUUCCACUAGACCUUGGAACAUUGCUGCGGGGACUUGCUUCCAUUCAGCCACAAGCAUUAUUGAGGUCGGGCACUGAUGUUGGCCGAUUAGGCCUGGCUCACAGUCGGCAUUCCAAUUCAUCCCAAAGGUGUUCGAUGGGGUUGAGGUCAGGGCUCUGUGCAGGCCAGUCUAGUUCUUCCACACCGAUCUCGACAAACCUUUUCUGUAUGGACCUCGCUUUGUGCACAGGGGCAUUGUCAUGCUGAAACAGGAAAGGGCCUUACCCAAACUGUUGCCACAAAGUUGGAAGCACAGAAGCACUACAAUGUCAUUGUAUGCUGUAGCGUUAAGACUUCCCUUCACUGGAACUAAGGGGCCUAGCCCGAACCAUGAAAAACAGCCCCAGACCAUUAUUCCUCCACCAAACUUUACAGUUGACAUUAUGCAUUGAGGCAGGUAGCGUUCUCCUGGCAUCCGCCAAACCCCAGAUUAGUCCGUCGGACUGCCAGAUGGUGAAGUGUGAGAGAACGCGUUUCCACUGCUCCAGAGUCCAAUGGCGGCGAGCUUUACACCACUCCAGCCAACGCUUGGCAUUGCGAAUGGUGAUCUUAGGCUUGUGUGCGGCUGCUUGGCCAUGGAAACCCAUUUCAUGAAGCUCCCAAAGAAAAGUUAUUGUGCUGAUGUUGCUUCCAGAGGCAGUUUGGAACUCGGUAGUGAGUGUUGCAAACGAGGACAGACGAUUUUUACGCGCUUCAGCACUCGGCGGUCCCGUUCUGUGUGUGGCCUACCACUUCAUGGCUGAGCCGUUGUUGCUCCUAGACGUUUCCACUUCACAAUAACAGCACUUACAGUUGACCGGGGCAGCUCUAGCAGGGCAGAAAUUGGACAAAUUGACUUGUUGGAAAGGUGGCAUCCUAUGACAGUGCCACAUUGAAAGUCACUGAGCUCUUCAGUAAGGCCAUUCUACUGCCAAUGUUUGUCUAUGGAGAUUGCAUGGCUGUGUGCUCGAUUUUAUACACCUGUCAGUAACGGGUGUGGCUGAAAUAGCUGAAUCCACUAAUUUGAAGGGGUGUCCACAUACUUUUGUAUAUAUAGUGUAUAUGAAACGUUUGAUGGUGUUGGAUGGCUGCUGGUUCUGACUGACCCUUUGACUGAGAGUAGAGUAGUGUGCUGAUGAAACCUCUGUGUGUUUGUCUCUGCUGAUGCAGGCCCACAGAGAGGGAGCGGACCGAGUGCCUUAUCAAAGCCAAACUCCGAAGCAUCAUGAUGUUCCAGGAUCUGGAGAACGUCACCUCUAAACAGGUGAACAGAGUGAACUAAAUGCACACAUUAACUGCGUGCCAUCCCUUUAUAGUGCGCUACUUUUGACCAGGGCCCACUGAAUAGGGUGCCAUUUGGGAUGCAGUAUUAAAAACAAAUAUAUUUUUAUUACAGCCUUAAAGUGUAGUCUUCAGUCAAUUUCGGUCUGACAUUAUUUGAUACCGUAAUCAGUAACAUUACAAGGAGAAAGGGUAGAAUAUAAAAUGGUUGGAAGUUGAUGACUGUGCUGUGCCCUCAGAUCCGAACGGAGCUGGAGCAGCAUAUGAGCUGUAACCUGAUGCAGUACAAGGAGUUCAUUGACAAUGAGAUGCUGCUGAUCCUGGGCCAGAUGGACAAGGCAGCACUCAUCUUUGACCACCUCUACCUGGUUAGUCACCUGGCAACAUUUCCCCAUCCAGAACUGCUUGGCAAUGCUCAAACCCUGGCCUGUUCCCAGAUCUGUUUGUGUUCUUGCAAACUCUGUUGUUAUCAUUGGCAUGACAACGAGGGACAAGAAGCACAAACAGACUGGCAAUCGGGCUACUCAAACUCUGCUUAAUCUGAUUGAUCGAGUACAUUUCCGAGUUUUUCUCAUUGGCUGAGAUAGGAUGAUCUAUUUGUCUCCGUGAGAUUUGGCCUACUGAAGCCAUGAUAUUUGGCUGAUACUGCUAGCAGAGAAGUACUCUGGAAGAGCAACAUUUGGACAGCCAUCACUGUAAAUGUCAUAACUGUAAUAUGUUCAGUCUGUCUAACAUUUUUCCACAUUUGUCUGCAGGGAUCUGAAUGGAAUGCCUCCAAUCUGGAGGAGCUUCAGGACACUGGGUAAAUGGAUCAUUUUGCUAGCUUCCAAACAUUUCAAUUCCAUACAAAUAAUUAUUUAUCGGCUCAUGUCUCCAACGCUUUAAUGGACUAUUUUUUUUUUUUAGGCACAAAGGUUGAAUGAAUAAGAUUGGUUGUCAUGAUAAAACCCUACUCUAUAAAACAGAUUCGUCAUUGGUGUGAGUCAGAAUAUUAUGGGAUAGUGUCUGUCUGUCUUCAUCCAAUAACCAUCUCCUCACCAGGGUGGGCUAUAUCCUCAACGUCACCAGGGAGAUAGAUAACUUCUUCCCAGGAACAUUCUCCUACCACAACAUACGGGUCUAUGACGAAGAGACUACAGACCUGCUGGCCCACUGGAAUGAGACCUACAACUUCAUCGUUAAAGCAAAGUAAGUCCUGUUAGCCUUGAAACAGGUAAGAGUGAGGGAAGGACAGAGAUUGGGAGUAACAGAGCUGAUAAAACAAGCUAUUCUUUACCAUUACACACACCUGUGAAAUCCUAUUUUUAUUCAUGCAUGUAGAUAGGUGGCUCUUGGUCAGAACCACGAUGGUAGGAAAUGUAUCUUCCUGCUGCUUUCACUUGAGGUACAGUAAUAGUAGCUUCCAGAGAACUGUGAGUGAUUUGACUGGGGUGUAAUUAAAGUGACACGAGGCAGUGUGGCACUGUCUGUGACCACGUUGUCCCAGAGAAGGGAGCUGAAGAUGGUUACCACUAGCAACCCAAAGGCUGUCAUUAUCUCUGCCUCAGACAGAAUAUUUGUCUCAGUGACAGAACUGGCAGAUUAUUCUAGUCUGAUUCUCUUAACUACUCUGCAUUCAUGUUGUGUUAACCCUACCAGGAAGAACCACUCCAAGUGUCUGGUCCACUGUAAGAUGGGCGUCAGCCGCUCGGCCUCCACCGUUAUUGCCUACGCCAUGAAGGAGUAUGGUUGGUCGCUGGAGAAGGCCUACGACUUUGUCAAGCAGAAGAGAAGCAUCACACGGCCCAACGCAGGCUUCAUGAGACAGCUGGCUGAGUACGAAGGCAUCCUGGACGCCAGGUACAGUCACACUACACCCUCUGUAAUUACCAUAGCCCAGAUCAUCUAGGGAAGCCCAACAAGGGAUCUAAGCACUGGAAUACUGCCUUAGGUUAUAGAUUUUGCUGUAUUACAUUUGACAUUUUAGUCAUUUAGCAGACGCUCUUAUCCAGAGCGACUUACAGUUAGUGAGUGGAUACAUUUUCAUAACUGUAUGUUAUGUGUAUUAUCUUAGUACUUCUCCCAUGCUCCUCCUUACCCCCUUUUUGUCCACUUCCAGUAAGCAGCGUCACAACAAGCUGUGGCGUCCCAACCGUCCCGACCCAGAAUGCGACCUCCCUGAGGGCCAGCAGGCCCAGUGCUGUGGGAGGGAGGACCCAGAUAAUCGGACCCCUGAGCCGGGGAUGUCCCCCUGCUGUGAGGAGGCUCUGGGGGAGAAGGGGGCGGCACGUCCCCUCUCCCCUUGCAGGAUGAUCAGUCUGGAAGUGGACCCCGCCUACAACAACUACUACUUUCGCAGGCUGUCUGACUCGGCCCUGGACAGUGACCCCUCCACGCCGGUGCGCGCUCCGCCCCUCCUGGACAUGGAGCGGGUCUUCAUAGAGAUAGAGGACGUGGAGCGGGAUGCCCUGCUGGAUGACGAGGCCUUUGGGGGGCGAGAAGGCCUGCCGCUGCCCCACUUUGGUCUGGCUGGGGAGGGGACAGCGGCCCAGACUUGCUGCCGAGGACCAGAGCCCCUGGAGGAGCUGCGCCUGCGUCUGGAGUUCAGCACUGUGGAGGAGGAGGAUGAGGAGGAGGCGCAGAAAGAGGAGGCAGAGAUGGAGGCACUAGCACAGCCUGGAGGAAGAGGGGGGAGUCCAGGACGAGGGGAUGGGGAAGGAGAGGUGGAGAUGGUUCAGGAAGAGGAGAGAGAGAAGGAGGGCAAUGGGCUGGACCUGGUAACCUUGAACCAGAACUCCAACAAUAACAACCACUUUAAUACCCUGUCCAGACUCAAUGUAAGUGUGGAGCGGUUUUCAUUAUGGUGUCUUCUGUCUCUGUAAUAUACAACCAAUUCAUAUGUAUAUGUAGUAGCUCAUGGUAAAUAGAUAACUAAACUAGUAAAGAGUAAUGGUUAUUCUUUGUUUCUGACUUUUUGUUUCCCCUCUGUUUAGGACACUGCUCCUUCCAAACCUGCUCAUCCAGUCAAGCCUUCAGCCCUCUCUCGAUCAGAUGAAAAGCCCAGCCAUGGAGUGUAUUCACUGAUCCAGGACGCCGAUCUCUGCCUUAACCCCACACCCCUCCCCAGUGUGCCAAGUGUCUCUGUGGAGGUCCCCAGUUCCACGCUCCCUCUCCCACCCACCUCCCCCGACACACCCUGUUCCCCCAGCCUGCUGAACCCCUGUGGCCCUCUGUGUGACUGUGCCAACUGUGCUGCCCCGCCCUCUACACCUCUACCUGAUGCCCAGGACUCCCCCUGCUCUCUGACAUCUGAGAACAGGGCUGAUAUUCUGGAGGGUGAGGGUGAGGAAGGGAAGCUUUUAGGGGUCUCUGAGCCUCUCCCUGUCCCAGAGCUGCUGGGGCUGAGUCUGGAGGAGGAGAGGCCGGUGGUGGCCUGCUGUGUGGCACAGCAGCAAGAGACUCUAGUGCAUCUACAAAGGUCAGGGCUGGUCCGCCGGAGGGCAGAAAGGCUGGAGAGGCUGUCAGGUCUGUCCCUGGAGGGGCUUCAUCCCCUGGAGUCUCCAGGGGCCAGAGAGGGCCCCCGUCCUGUGGAGGGGAAGUUCUCAGCCUUCCCAGGAGACUUCCCCAAGUCCUCCACACCAUGCCCAGUAUGCCUAGAGCUGCUGGUGGUUCCUCUUCCUAAUGAGACCAAUCUGGGUGCAGUGAGAUCUGAGGUGCUGAAGCCCACCUCCUCCUCCCACAGCUCCACGCUGACACGUAGCUCCAGCAGUGACAGCAUCCGCAGUGUGAGGGGCAAACCCGGCCUGGUGCGCCAGAGGGCUCAGGAGAUCGAGACCCGCAUGCGGCUGGCCGGCCUCACCGUGCCCUCAAGCCUCAAACGCUCCAACUCACUGGCCAAGCUGGGCAGCCUCAACUUCUCCUCUGAAGACCUGUGCUCUGUCUGCUCCUCGGAUGCAGGCACCCUCCUGCUCCACUCUCUUUCCCCAGAGCCAGGCCUAGAAUGGGAGUGCCCCUCCACCUCCACCUCUACCUCUACCUCCACCCAGCCCAGAGCACACAGGAACCAGACCCAGCCCAGAGAGAGCACUGCCCAGGGGGGGCAGGAGCUGACAGGAAGGAUGGAGGGACAUUCCUCCAACCAUCCCUCCAUCUCCCACUCUGAGCUGGAGAGGGUAACACAGAUUUUGGAGAGGGGAGAGGGAUAGUCUUAAAAAACAAAUGUGUGUAUAUAGAAUUAUACAUGUAUAAAUAAACAUUUGAAUAAUAUAAAUUUAUAUUAAUAUAAAUCCACAUCAUAUUUAAGAAAAAAUAAACAGAAUCCAAAUAUUAUACCAUAAUCCAGAUGGUAUUUUGGUUAAAGGCUGUUCUUGCAUGGAGCUCAAUGAAUGUGUGUGCAAAGAUGAACCUCGUACAGAAUACCUGGUCUCCAUCAGGACUUUAAAAAGCUAUUUUCAUUCCUGGUCCUCUGCUUUUCUAGCUGUCCAGAGAUCAGAGUUACAGCUUCAUCAUUAUCACCACCACCAUAUUCAUCAUUAUUAUCAAUACCACCAUAUUCCUCAUCAUCAUCACCAUCAUAUGUAUACCCUGCCUUCCACACGCAGUGGAGAUCACAUAGACUUAUCAUUCAAUUUUCUGUUUGCUUUACCGUUGGUUAAUGGUACAAAUUGUGUUCAUUGGCUUAGUUGCUGUCUUAGUCAGAGUUGAUAAUCAGAUUAUAUUGAUUUUGCUCUAUCAUUGGGGAUAGAUCUGCCGAAGUUUCACCAUGUGCUGAAACAAAGGGGAGAAGAGGGUGUAGUUGCCCAUGCUGUAUUUAUCACUGCUCAUCUAUCUUAGCUUCAGUAAACCUUUUUACAUAGAGCAAUAGGAGACUUACAGAGACCAUAAACGUGUUAUAACACAAAGCACCAUUCAUUCAGCGUGCAGUAUGUUAUUUGGAGAACAAUUGCUGUCAUGUGAUGGAUCAAAUGUAUGUGACAUCACAACAGUCCUGCAGAGUUGGAGUUGGUAUGCUGAAACAUUUUCUUCCUCUUCACCUCUGUGUUACUGAUUAUCCAUUACAAGUUGUAGGUUGUUACUAACGAUGUGAUAUUAGAAAUGUAUUUUAAAUUAUACAAGCAUAGAAUCCAGCACCUCUGCUUCUGAGCCUGCUUUGUAUUUUGGGAUUUGAAUAAAAAAGUUAAUCAAACUGAUUAUUUUGGGAUGAGCCAAAUAGAUGUCACAAAUAAUUUUCUAACAAUUCAGAUCCCAAAAUAAUCAAAUUCAAAACAAAAAGACACUAGCCCUCCCUGCAAGUACUGCAGUAUGAUUCCACUUCUGUAACAAAAGUAAUUCCUCCUUCGAUUUCAUGCUAUAAUGUCCUCCAAGCUUCCAACCUUUACCUGUGGCAGAACGUCUAGAUAUCAUUCCAAGAGUCUUCUGGGACCAUUCUACCUCUGUGACACCACAGUGAUGUGGUGCUUUUAAUUUUGUUUAAGUAGUUUUACAGACCCCGCUCCUGUCAGGUGAGAAGUUCACAUGCUGUAUCGGAUCUGUAUGGGCUGUAUGUUGUAUGAAGGGUAGUCCAUAGUUGUCUAGUUUAUAAUCUUAAGUCUGCUGAGCCUCCCAUGACUGGUGGACACACAGCCAAACCUCACCUGAGAUUCAGCAACAGUACAGUGGGAAAGAUAUGAUGACAUAGCCAAUGGGGCUGAGAAAGCCAUCUUGCAGCUCCUCACUGCCCUCCCUUCCCAUUAGCCUGAGUCUAGGCCCUGGUUUACCAGUGUGAGACCGGAGUCCCCUAUCAGAACCCUCUUGCGAUUUUGCUUUGCUUCUGGAUAACUGCUGGCUACACUGAAUGCUAAUCUUAUUCAAACUGCUCUGUGUCCGUUUUAUAAGUUGAGCAGAGAACUCACAGGAUUCUCUCCCUCUAACUGCUUUUUGAUCCACGCUUGUCUGUAAUCAUGUCCUUUAUUGCAUCUGAGACUUGGUCUUUGAACUGAGUUGCGCUGCAGAAUCAAAUUUGUGAGCAGUUGCAUUGGGAGUCGUACAAAGUCUUCUUUAGGUUCCAGAGACAGCUUCUCUCUGAUCUUUCCUCUGUGGGACUCUGGAUGGUCACACCAUUCCUUAUGCAUGAGCCCUCAACAUCCAUGAUGUCAUUCCACUUCCAUCCUUGUUCUUUCUCUCCCUGUGUCAGUACUGCUGCCCUGAAAUUGAAUUGAAAAUAGUACAAAUUCAUAAUGCAACAUCUUGCUACUUUGCCAUAGAUUUUUUUAUUCUGUUUUUUUUUUCAACAAAAAUGUUGCAGUCAAAUAUUUGCUUUUGAAAUGAUUUUUUAAGUUCAGUAUUUGUGUAUGUUUGUGCAUGAGUGAUUACAUGGUUACUGUGAACUAUUUAUGAGAGAAGUGAAAAUACAUUUUUAAUAGGUUCAUAUUGCACAUGCAUUUCUCCCACGUAUGAGAGCACAUUACGUAUUUACUGUAUGUAAAUAUGUAUUUACAGUAGUCAAUGACGUUAUAGAAUAUACUGCUGUAUAGUACUGUAUGUAUGUGUCUGUUAAUAUGGCGAGCACAGACUUAGUUCUUCCCAAUGACUCCAGUUCCUGUACGGACACACUGUUUUACUGCAAGCAGUGUCCUUCCAGUUUUAAUCACUUAUGCUGUGUGUUUGUGUAUGUAUGUACAUAUGCUAUUUUAUCGAAAUGACGUGUCAGUUGCCUGUUUUUAUUUUUAUUUUUGAAAAGGUUUUGGUUCUAUUGGGCAUAACCCGAACAGCCACUUAUCACAAAAAUCUUGACCUCAAAGAAAGUGUUAAAUGAGUUGGCACAUUGCCUCUGCCUCUGUCAUUGUACGUCAAAAGACAUGGCUACCAUGAUACUGUAUACAAUGAUGUAUUUGGUGUGCCACACAGAAACACUGAUGUGAUGUGCACAUACUGUAUACAGGACCGCUGUACUGUAGAGAUGGCUCUGUCAUGUUUCUCCCCAGUUUACACCUUUGCUGCUUCCAUUACAGGAUAAGGGUUUAGUUGCUGUUGUUCUUUCUUGCUGCACACUAGAUCUAGAGAGCAGAGCGAUGGAUGUGCUUCCCAGGUGCAAGGCCAACAUCUCUGGACAGCAGGGCUGUCCUAUGGUGUGUGCAUCAUGUAAUAUGCACUACGUUUAAAAUGUGUGUGGCAAUCUGUGUUGUGGGGUGUGUUGUUCACUGUGGUGCCCCUUAACCCCAUCUAGGUUGCAAUUUUGUGUCUGAUGCUGCACACAGUGCGACUGGAGGUUAUUAGUGCUAUAUGAGUGUGUGAGCCGUUAGUCCACCUCCAUUUAUGUUUGAUUUAUGGACACACAGUAGUGCCUUAGCCGUGAGACCAGAGGCAUAGAGCUGUGUGGCUGUUGUGUGUGUGUGUGGUGCUGCCAGUAUUGCAGAGGAUUUGGAUGGUAGGGUUGAUACAUGAUGGGAGUGGGACACUGACGAGGCUUCCCUUCCUCUUUAGUUAGUCGAACAGUGGCCCUGCAUUUCUAUUCAGUUUUUUCAUUGUUGUUUUUUCUAGCGAUAGACCAAGGGGUGAAACAGGAAUCUGAAGCCUGGUGUUCCUUUUUUAACCUUCUUUGAUUUGGAGGGGGAAAAUAAAAUAAAAUCAUCUUUCUUAUCACAUUCACAUGUCCAUCAGGGUUGCCAAGAUGGGGUUUUGAUUCCAAACUUGUUAGUGCUCUUUGAAAUGUGGGAGAACAUCAAAGUUAUAUCUAUGGGUGUUGUCACUAAAUAGACAGCAUUGAAGCUGUUUAAGAUACAAAAUGAGAAUCAUGAUUAUGUCAAUCUAUUAUUUGCGUCUGUGAUCUGUUACAUCUUAUGUAUUGCACCUUUUGGAGAAACAGAAGAGAGAGACCGUAGGAUCAUCCGCAUACUCACAUAGUGUCAUACCGAUAGAUGAGUGUUCAUAUCACUAAUGGUUUAUGAAGCUUCUUAUAGGCAUAAAGUCAAACCAAUUUGACAAAGAUCACAGCGAUAGGUUGCUCUCACUGUUUUUUGUUACCAUCAUUUUUUUUAUAUUUAAGUAUGCAGUGAUUUUUGGUACUGUACAUUUGCUGUAGUUUGAAUGCAUAUUGCACUUUUUUACAUUUGUUAAAAUGUACUGUGUGUUUAUGAAAAUAAACGUUUUUUUCAUG